AUGUCAUUACCUUCCGACGGUCCCACGUUAGGCAAGCCCUACAACCCCACCGCGGAAGGCGACCAGUUCCUAGCAUUCCUAAAUCUGGGCAAGAAGACCGAGCAGAAGACAGCAGAGGAUAAAGGCUCUGGGUCGGAGAUGGAGAAACAGAAGUUGGAAGCGGGGGCCAGCUUUAGCAACCACGUAGGCGCAAACAGCCUUACUAGUCGUAGAGCUAGAGUCCGGUUGCCCCAAAAGGACGGUUUCCUAGAGAAGCGUAAGCGCGAAGAUGUACCUGAGCCGACAGAAUGCGGGGAUGAUGAGAAGAUGGAUGGCAGCUAUGAGGCUACGCCUUAUUAUGAUUUGUCCAUGUGGGAUUUUGAGUUUGCGGGACGGAAACACUACCUCGGCAUGAUGAGAGACACGAAGAACGAGACGGCUAAGAAGACGGAGAUCCCAUCUUCUUGUAGCUUCGAUCCCAUACCUCCUGCCCCAUGGCUUGAAGAGCUGGGUCAUACUGAAAAGAACGACAUCGUGGGAGCCAAAAUCGAUGCUCCGCCAAUAUCCCACGGCAUGCCUCUGAACAAGGAGACGAAUGCCUGCGUGGACAGCGAGCUCUCUGUCCAGGAUCACCAAGACAACGACACCACACCGGACGCCGUUGCAUCAUCUUCACAGGAGGACGUAGAGCAGGGCGAGCAAACCCACGACCAUUCCUCCAAUCACUCUCAGCCCUCAUCGAUCGACGAGUCACCUCUCACACCGGAAGAAGAACUUAUUAUCAUCGAUCCAGAAGGAGAUCUUCGCAUCACCAUUGGGACAACUGGAAACGAGAUCACUGCGCUCUGUUCCUCUCCAUGCGUUCGUCGCGCUAGUCCAAAGUGGAAGGCUCUCAUCGACGCGUCUCCAAAUGAGAUUCACCUCGAAGAGGACAUUGGCAUGGUAUUGGAUCUCCUGCGCAUUGCGCACGCUCAAUUUGGUGGACUGCCUGAUCACACUGUCUUCAACGAGCUCUUGGUUUUUGCCCACAUCUGUCACAUUUACGAAGUCACCGAGCUUGUGAGGCCUUGGAUGCAUAAUUGGGUGGAUCCUUGGAUGAAGAAAGGUCUUGAUUCAGGGUUCGAGGGUUGUAUCUUCAUCGCCUGGAUAUUUGGGUACGAGGAGACUUUUGAGGCACUCACGCACCGUCUUGCUUCUACGGCUACCAAAUCGAAGGUUCGUAUUCCGGAUAUCGUUCUUGAGGUCUUCGAUCUAGAACUGCGUACUAUCAUUGUUGAUAACAUUCUACGCAUCCGCAACCUAGUCAUACCUGACUUGAUCUCAAUUUGCAAUUCUCAGGUAACCCAGCUGGCCGACGUGAGGAGCCGCAAAUCCUGCUUGGUAUCCGAUAAGUGCCUAACGGAGGAGGAGUACCACUCAGAGCUGUGUGACUGCAUUGCUCUCGGAUCACUCCAGCGCAGUCUCAACUCGAUUGGAAUCUGGCCUCCAUACCCUUGCCCGGAUACUUCCAGUUUCACUAUUCAGAGCCUGCAGGCCCAGCUCGAUGACUUUUCUGUCCUCUCCUAUCCUGACCAUGAAGAGUACCACAAGUUCUGCUACGCGAAUGAGGAUUUCCACCAUGCUCUGCGCGUCGAGCGCAAACAGGUAUCGGCACUGCAAGUCGCUCACAAGGAGCACUUCGAAUCGUUCAGCCCUAUGGUUGAUCCUAGUGGCUGGAAGAACAAGGCUGUCGAAAAACUGGGGCUCUUGGAGCGUGAGUCCCGCACUCACGAAUCGGACAGCGAGUCGGACGAGGCUUUCCAUGAUCCUGAGCUCAAGCCGGAGGAUGACGACCCAGAGAACGGUGCGGAUGAGGGGAGCUUCAUAGACCCAGAGACCGAGGAGGAGUAUGAUGAAGAUGAGGAUGAGGACUAUGAGGAGUCUGACGAGGACUCUGACUCCGAGCCCGAUGAGGAAUACUUGGAUUCUGGGGAGGAGAGCGACUACACUUCCGAUGUUGAGGAAGAGGAGUCCGUGGAAGAGCGGUUCAAGGCCUGGAUGCCUUAUGUCCCAAAAAACGAGUCAGUCGAAGAGCAGUCUAAGACAUCGAGGUCUAGAUCCGAAGUGCUAGGAUCCGUGGAGGAAGACAGCACUGUCGGGUCUUCUCCUCUGUCAGAGUCUACAUCGUACUUCUGA